AUGACACCAACAACUCUCCCAUCUUUUCAACGAGCCAUUCAGCAAGAUGGAAAUGGCAAGCUUCACGUUGCUAAUGAGGCGGCUAUCCCAUCACUUUUGCCAGGCUUCGUGCUUGUAAAAACAUACGCCGUCGCUCUCAACCCUUCAGAUUAUAAGAUUCAGAAAAACUUCCCUCUUCCAGGUGCCUACGUCGGGAUCGAUUUCUCCGGCACUGUAGUCCAGGUAGCGGACGAUGUUGACUCCGUAAAACCAGGAACAGAAGUCUUUGGCGCGGCGUUCACCUUCUCGUCAACACAUCGACUAACCAACGGUGCUUUUGCAGAGUAUGUCCGCGUGCGCGCUGAUCUACUGCUGCGUAUACCGACUUCUUCGGUACACCAGAGUCAAGAUGAUGAUGGUGGUGGUGGUCUGACCCUGUUCAAGGCCGCGACACUUGGCACCGCGAUCCCAACCUGCCUGCUGUCAUUAUGGUCUCCAGACGCCCUCGACCUUGUAGGGAAGCCUGAAGAGCCCCUGCUUUCUGAGAAGCCCAUCCCCAUACUUGUCUACGGCGGGAGUACAUCUGUGGGAACAAUCGCGAUACAACUACUAAAGCUAUCCGGCUACGACCCCAUCGCGACCUGCUCGCCACGAAGUUUCGACUUGGUUCGCAGCAGAGGAGCUUCCGCUGUUUUCGACUACUCAAGCUCAGAUGUUGCGCUCCAAAUCAAGACAUACACAGCUGGUCGACUCAAAUAUGCACUGGACUGCAUCAGCGAUGUAGCCAGCGUCACCACCUGUUACGCCGCAAUUCAACGACCAGGCGGCCGGUACGUGUCGCUGGAAUACAUAGCUGACGAUCUAUUAGCGCAACGACGGGCAGUGCAUCCGAAUUUUGUUUUGUCGGCGGAGGUGUAUGGAGCGGAUAUUGUAUUAGGAGAAGAAAAGUACGAUCGACCAGCCAGCAAGGAAAAGUAUCAGCUAGCGGUGCGCCAUAUAGGCAUGUUUCAGCGUUUGUUAGAUUCCGGAAGUUUAAAAACGCAUCCGACAGAAGAACUCAAGGGAGGAUUGGAGGGUGUUGUUAAAGGGUUGGAAGCUUUGGCUGGUGGAGGGCAUCCGAGGAAGUUGGUUGCUGUUGUUUAG